UUCCUCACAGACUCCAAAUUAAAUCUGAACAUGCCCCGGUCUCCUCCAGCAGGUGACUCUUACCAGCAGAGCUGCAUCAGGAUGAGGCUGGAGAACGCUGACCUCUGGAAGUCCUUUGACAGCCUUGGAACAGAGAUGAUCAUAACCAAGCAUGGCAGGAGAAUGUUUCCACACUGCAGCAUCAGCGUUUCCGGACUCCAACCUUUUACCAACUAUGUCAUCAUGGUGGACAUGGUUCCUGUAGAUGGCUUCAAAUAUAAGUGGAAGAAGGAUCAGUGGGAGAUUGCAGGAAAGGCCGAACCACAGCCCCCAUGUCGGACUUUCAUGCACCCAGACUCUCCAGCUCCAGGAAGCCACUGGAUGAAGCAGUCCUUGUCUUUUCUCAAAAUGAAGCUCACCAACAACACCUUGGACCAGUACGGCCAUAUCAUCCUGCACUCCAUGCAUCGCUACUACCCCAGAUUUCACAUCGCCCAGGCAGACAGUCCUUACACCAUCCGCUGGGGCCCGUUUCAGACCUUCUCCUUCCCAGAGACCACCUUCACUGCAGUCACGGCCUACCAAAACCAAAAGAUCACUAAAUUGAAGAUCGACCACAACCCAUUCGCUAAGGGAUUUAGGGAGGGAGGCACUCACUCCCACAGCAAAAGAUGUCGGUCAAAUGGAAGUCCUCCUGCAAAGAGAGCCACACUGGAAAAGAAAGCUCUUUGCAACAGUCCUCAAAGCCUGCAGAGGAUGCCCUCCACCUCUCAGUCAGAGCAUGCAGAGAAGAACCAGGCAGCCUCCCAGCAGUCAGUGAAGGGGGGCGACCUUACAGGCUGGGCUCUGGAGCAGGACCCUUGUGAAAGUCUCCAUGCUGAGCCCCUGGAGCUGCACGAGAAUGACUACAGCUGUGAAGAACAGAUGGUGCCUGCUUCAGUACCAUACCAGCCAUACAGAUCAUUUGAGUACAGCAGAUAUCCACUGCCCUCCCACGACAUAGAUGUAGCACAAUCCCCCGCCCACCCCCCACCCCAUCCACUCACCAUAGCUGAACACAACGCCCAACAACAUGGCUACUACAACCAUCCUCACCAUCACAACCAUGCUGCAGACUGGAGCCAGUACCCACUCUUCUCCUACUCCUGCUGGUGA